AUGAUUGACACCAGAACCAACAUCAACAUCAAUUUCGGAAUAAUUACUCACUCUGUCAUAGUCUCACCCCCGGGCCUCAACUCGGUCGCGUCUCCCUCAACCUGGUCUGCGCGAAAUGACCUCUGCAACAACCAAUUCGCGAUCCGGCAUCCUGCCGCCUGGAAGCAUUGCCAACAAAGCCACCAGCGUCUCUCGUAUGAACCGAACCGAGAUCGAACGCCCUCCUUGCAGAGACCCCCGAACCCUACGGAUACCAAGCGCUCCGGAUCAACCAUGCGACAGCCCACCAGCCCGACCAAGGCCCACGCCCGCGGAAGCUCCUACGCCUCAUCGACCAUGUCCCGAAGCAAUUCAACAGCGACCCGCUCAAUCAAGGGUGGCUUCUCAUCUACUGUCGGUGCUGGUAGCAUGCGACCGGCCUCCUCAAUGGCACGACCGGCUUCUUCGAUCGGUACCCGCAAACUGAACGGCUCAUCGAUCUCUCGCCCCGCCACCUCAAUGGACACCCGCAUGGACGAUGCCACAGGAAGCGUCCUGGGAAAAAGAAAGGGUAUGCAGUUUUCCUCUUUCCCUCAUCGUGUUUUUCCCUUCCCCAAUGGAUCCCGUGGAGGGCUCAGCUUGAAUGGCCCUCGGCGCAAAAACACAACAUCAUCGACUGCCGAAAGCCAGAUCACUAGCUUGACCACCCAAUUUGCGUCUGUUUCCUUUGCGGAUAGUGGUGUCCCAGAUGUUGUGCCAUGCCCACUGUUCAAGCAACCCCCAAUGGAUCAUACUCCCUUCACCCCGAUGAGACCUGGCAAAGCGUCGCGUAUUUUCCCCGCGACGCCAUCCCAGCCCCAGCGGACUCCCUUUGUGCACUUUAAUAGCAGCACUCGCAAGCAACCCACCCCCCUCUUCCUCACCAAAAAUUCUUCUGUUCAGGUUUUUAACAGCCGUAUAGAUACCCAGUGGGACCACGAGCUCAGAGAAAAGCAAAUGAACGACAUGUUUGAAACCUUCAUGUCACGGAUGAACCAGCAAGGCCACAAUAGUGCCGGCCUUAAGGAAUCGGUCGAUUUCUACAAGACCCGAAUUGACGAGCUUGAGAAAACUCGCGAUGCCAUCACAGAAAGCAAUACAAACUUGCGAGUGGAGAUGGAGGUCUUGAAGACCCAAUUAAUAACUGCCGAGCACUCAUUGAAGGCUGCUCAACGAGACCAGGAGAUCGCCAUGGACGAUCUUGAAAUGCGCCAGCGCAUUGAGAUGGAAUCAAUUCGACAAGACGGCAAAAAGGACUCAGAAGCGCUGAGCGCCCGUCAUCAAAUUGAGAUGCAAGAACUUCGACGGCAACUGGAGAAUGAGAUCGAAGAUGAGAAGGCAGCACGCGUUCGUGAGCUCGGGAAAAUGACUUCGAAAAGCGCCUCCGCGCUGCAAGAAUCUGAAAUGGAACUCAGAAGCAAACUCCGCGAAAUUGACUCGGUCAGCAGCUUGUUGGAGAGCACGAAAGCCGAAUUGGACCGCGAGCGAAAGCACACCAACGAUCUUCGCCAGAAUCUAGACACAGUCAGUAGCAACAGCGUCACUUUGGAGUCUACGAUCCGAGCCCUCAAGGCCCGCAUUGAGUUCCUAGAGGGCGGCCGAGAGGAACAAUCUGAAGCGUUUGAGCGAUGCAAUCAAGACAUGAUGGACGCUCUAGCCGAAACCGACGCAGUCAAGGAGAAGCUGCGCAGAGAGGAAACACUUCGUCGAAAGCUUCACAACCAGGUCCAGGAGCUGAAGGGAAACAUCCGUGUCUUCUGCCGUGUCCGUCCCUCUUUGAACAGCGAGCCUGCCUCCCAGAUCGCUGCUAUGCAAUACCCCGAUGAAUCCGAGGACGCCAAGGAGAUCAACAUCAUGGGCCCUGAAGAGAAAAGCAGUCUUGGGACUGUCUCGCGCAAGAAUAACAACUUCUCCUUCGAUCGCGUCUUUGGCCCCCGCACGCAGAAUGGAGAGGUUUUCGACGAAAUCAGCCAGCUUGUCCAGAGUGCUCUUGAUGGGUACAAUGUUUGCAUUUUCUGCUAUGGUCAAACUGGCAGUGGUAAGACACACACCAUGUCUUCUCAGGAUGGUAUGAUCCCUCGCGCUGUUCACCAAAUAUAUGAAACCGCCCAAGGUCUGGAGGAGAAGGGCUGGCGCUAUACCAUGGCUGGAAACUUCGUGGAGGUGUACAAUGAGAACCUGAAUGAUUUACUCGGCAAUCCCGAUGAGUUGGACAAGAAGAAGCAUGAAAUCCGCCACGAUAUGCAGCGCGGCAAGACAAUAAUUACGGAUAUCACCACGGUGCAAUUGGAUUCACCCGAGAUGGUGGAGUCGAUUCUCAAAAACGCAGAUGCCAAUCGUUCUGUGGCAGCGACAAAGGCGAACGAGCGAUCCUCGCGAUCUCACUCCGUCUUUAUUCUCAAACUCAUUGGAGAGAACCACAUCACCGGCGAGCGCAGUGAGGGUACGCUCAACCUGGUCGAUCUCGCUGGUAGCGAGCGCCUGAGCCAUAGUGGGGCCACAGGUGAACGUCUCAAGGAGACUCAGAACAUCAAUCGCAGUCUCAGCUCGUUGGGUGAUGUGAUUGCUGCUCUUGGCCAAGGCAAGGAUGGUGGUCACAUCCCAUACCGGAACAGCAAGCUUACCUACCUGCUCCAAUUUUCCCUCGGCGGCAACUCGAAAACCCUCAUGUUUGUCAUGGCCAGCCCGUUGCAGGCACACAUGUCGGAGACGUUGACCAGCUUGAAGUUCGCAACGAAGGUGCACAAUACUCAUAUCGGCACAGCAAAGCGACAGGCGCGUGUUCGCGACACUUGA